GAGGGGCGGUGCCCGCGAACAUGGCGAAGACGUACGAUUACCUCUUCAAACUGCUGCUCAUCGGCGACUCGGGCGUGGGGAAGACGUGCGCGCUCUUCCGCUUCUCCGAGGACGCCUUCAACGCCACCUUCAUCUCCACCAUCGGAAUUGAUUUUAAAAUCAGAACCAUUGAGCUGGACGGGAAGAGGAUCAAGCUGCAGAUCUGGGACACGGCGGGGCAGGAGCGGUUCCGGACCAUCACCACCGCCUAUUACCGGGGAGCCAUGGGCAUUAUGUUGGUUUAUGACAUCACCAACGAAAAAUCUUUUGAAAAUAUUCGGAACUGGGUCAGGAAUAUUGAAGAGCACGCCUCUCCAGAUGUUGAAAAAAUGAUCCUUGGGAACAAAUGUGAUGCAAAUGACAAAAGACAAGUGUCCAGAGAGCAAGGGGAGAAGCUUGCUGCAAGUUUUGGGAUUAAAUUUAUGGAGACCAGUGCAAAAGCAAAUAUAAACAUAGAGAAUGCAUUUUUCACUCUUGCAAGAGAUAUCAAAGCAAAAAUGGACAAGAAGUUGGAAGGCAAUAGCCCACAAGGCAGCAACCAGGGAGUCAAAAUCACACCAGACCAGCAAAAGAAAAGCAGCUUUUUCCGAUGUGUUCUUCUGUGAGGGACACGGCCUUAAUCUGAGCAUCUGCUCAGCCCACCUGGACUGUGCCUGUUCUGAGUGAGAUUUCCUCUGUCUGUGGACUUAGCAUUUUCAACAAACUUUGUCACUUUGUGACUGUCUGAAUAAGAAAUUGUUUAUUUUAGUAAUCGUCUGACUCUUCAAUUUUUGGAGAUGAAACAGGUUUAUUUUUGUUGUCUAGCAGAGGGAGCACAGCUCAAACCUGACCUGGGGUGCAGCAGCAGAUCUGCUGACAGGUUCCAGUCUGCUUGUUCAUCUCUGAUGUAUCCCAGUUAGAGAGAGCACGUUGUGAUCAAAAGAAGAGACUCAUCUGCCAGUAAUAACAAGUACAGGUGUGUGUACAUGAUACAUGUGCAGAGCUGUGGCUGGGGAUGCCUGGAGAACAAUUGCAUCAGAACAUUAAAUAAAUGCACUUCCAUAUGCAGUACAGGCUUGUACCUUUUCAGAAGGUAGAAGGAAGCUUUCUGCAGCUCCACCUUUUUGCUACUAGAGAGAAAACCCUUCCUCUGCCUGCCACAUGUUCAGUGGUGUUAUUCUAUAGACAAUCCACGAGAACAAUUAAAAAAAAAAAAAUCCUCCUCAGAGGAAUCUCUAUUUUUGUAAAAAAACCAAAGUGUGCUGUAAAUACAAUGAAUUGUCAGCAUCAGGAAUGACUUUAUCAUGUUGAAUUAAAUACUCCAGACAUUUAGCUGUGUUUAACAGGAGGUGAUGGCUGCAGCCAGACCUGUGCAAGAUCUGUUUGUUCCUAGGGAAAAAGAGGCCCUGGCUGGGGCAGGGACCUGCAGUUUGUACCAUGGCAAUGGGUGGCUUGGGCUUCCCCAGCUGAGAAUGACUCCAGAUCUGUCAUGCUGUAGUAGCUAGUUAGGAAUUGUGACAAGAAAAUGUAUUGCACUGCUUCCAGUUGUGUGUUCUCAUGGCACACUCGCUCACAUAUGCAAAUAAAUGUUGCACAUCUGAACACUUUCUGAAAACAAAAAGUUUUUUCAACUGAGAUCUGCUGCUGUGCAUUGAGUGGUUUGGAUUCCAAGCAGCAAUGAGCCUGUUCUUAGCGUGCAUCAAUGCAAACCAUGUUUAGCCCUCAGUGGAAAUAUUCUCUGUAUUUAUUCCUAGAAACACAGUCUCUUACAUUCCAAUGGAUAAAAUGUAAUGGCCAAGUAAAGCUCCUGGGGGGGCUGAUGGCUCUCAGACUCUCAGACUGACAAAAGGAGCCAGGAAGAGCCAUCAGAGUCUGCUGUCAAGUGCUGGGAGUGAACAUAUCAGCUGUGUCCUGUGACUCACUGGAAUUGUUAACUUGCUUUGUUUACAUUGACAACUGCACUUAAGGGUAACAAAUUAAAGCUGAUUUUAAAGUUAAUGAAUUUACUCACCAGUUUUGUUUUUGUCAAGCUUGCUCUAUUCUGUUCUGGCAGUGCUGGUGGUUAACUGCACUUAAAGAGCUAUCAGAGUCAGAAUUAAAGUUUUUUUAAUCUGCAGCAUGCAUCUGGGCUCAGUAUUGCCUGUGCUUCUAGAAUGGAAAGAGGAAAUUUUACUGUGUUGAGUUACUGGUUUAUACAAAUGCAGUUUAUACACUAAUAACUUUUUAUUUUGGAACAGCUAGCAGAUUAGUGAGCUCUGUUCAUGAUUAAAAUCACACAUCAAGCUUUCCUCUAACCAGAACCUUAUGGGGUUUUUGUUUGUUUGUUUACUUGUGGCUUUUCAGUGUGAGAACUGGGUGAAUGUGGAUUACCCACAGAUGGGUUUGCAGGAUAAACUGCUACUGAAGAGCCUCCUAGUCAGCAUCUGCUGCAAGCAGUGCUUCUGCCAGGAUAAGGAUGCUUUGAAAGAAAAACUUUGUCUGUGCUUCAAGAAAUUACUGAGGCAGAGUUGGGGAGGUGAUCAGGGCAUGGUUUGAAUGCUGUUUUCCUACACUAAACUGUUUAAUGGCUUGGCAGUCAGUGUGGAUUGUCUCCUAUCCAUCCUUUAAUGUAGUCAGAUGUUGCAGCCAGGGUUAUUUCUCAAAGUGACUGGAAAAAUCAGUGGUUAGUUUAAAAUGAUGUCCUGGGCUGUCCACCAUGAUUCUGGGUUUGGCCCACUGACAGUAUUUAAAUUGAUAACUUGAGCUGAGCAAGAGAACCACAUUAAUUUACAAGUGGAUAAAACCUGAAGCAUGGAAUUGUGACUCUUAAGUCACUCUCUUGCAUUCAGAGCUGCCUCUUUGUAUGGGAAAACCUUUUGUUGAAAUUUAGGCUGGCUCUUGCACAUGUUUAUGUACUUAAAGCAUGAUUUCCUUUUGCAAAAUGAUGGGUUUUGUUCAAUGAACAACUGUGUUAUUGCCUGAUCUCAGGAAGUUUCAUCCAGUUAUUGUGAUUCCAGUCAGCACUGUACCUCUAGGGUAUGCAGACACAGAAAUAUGAAACCUAAAAUGAAAUGUAAGACAGGAAAAGGUUGCAGAUGCUGCAGGUGUGUGUGUGCUUGGCUGGGUGUGUUGCUAAGUACAGACAUGAGGUCUUGGAAAAGCACAGGCUGUGGUUGAUGUGUCCAUCACAUAGUUAACUAACUGUGGGUUUAAGUAUGAAUGUUGUUGGAAACACAGUGAUCAAAUAGGUACCUGUGUCAGUUCAUUCAGGAAUGUAUUUAUAGCUAAGCUUUCUUUAACUACAGAGCUAAAAAAACCCUGUGAUUGGAUAAAAAAAUUUGUAAAACUGAGGACUUUAGGUAGAUAGAAAAAACUAAGUGUGCUAAAUCUAUAGUCUCAGUGUCUAAAUGCCACUAAAAAUUCAGGUAAUCCACGUGGUUUGUAGAGAAACAAACCCACUUUGAGCACGUUCUCAAAUUCCCUUACUUUGCUGAGUAUCAUAGAAUUCUGGGGUUGACAUUAUUUUUGAGGCUGGUUGCAAUACUUCAGCUCAUUCUCCCCCAUUCAGGUGUCAACCUGUCCAUAAAUGGGGAAACUGUGUGAAAACUUUGCUGUUUGAACCCUUAUCUGGGUCCUGUGCUGAUGGGCACACUGAAUGUUCCCCAAGAUCACAGCCUUAUGCCAGCAUCAGGCUUUCAGCCUCAGAUUUAUAAAUCCUAUGGAUUAUUAAGUCUCUCUACUGCUGCUGCUAAUUGUUUGGUCUCUCCUUUGCUGUGAGAAUUGCUCCUCUCACAAAUGUGAAGGGUUUGAUAGUUCUGGCAGUGUCUUUGGCUGGUGCUCAUGCCCAGCUCUACCAGGAUUUCUUGUUCUCCUGGACUUAAAAUGAGGGGGGGGGUUGUGCUGGAGAGGAAAUGGUCUCCAUUCAUAGGUAAAGUUCUUAGGGGUUGGGAAGAAUAAUGACUGACUUGUGUCUUCAUUUGUAGGGGGAAUAAAAAUGGUGCAGUCUGGUUAUUUCAGGCUACCUUAUCCCUUUGGCCCAACCUCUUCCACUGACUGAUUGGAGUGAUUGUUUCUGGAGGUGAUUCCAGUUUAGGGGCUGCUCUCUUCAGCCUUUCUGCAGGAAUCAUGAGCUCUGUGUUGAGCCAGAGUUGGGACGUUUGGACUUUGUUUUGAAGGGACCUUAAUACAUCCCAAUAAUUUUAAAACUAACUUGUGUUAGUUUUGUGUAAAUUGUGUGUUUUUUUAGAAUGACCACUUUGGGCUGCCACCCUUCCCACAUGGCAACUGCUUUCUUACAACACUUCUCAUUGAUUUUCAUGUUUGUAUUAAAACCAGAGCUGUUAUUAUACAGUAUGUAUGUUUUUACUCUGUUGUACAGGACCCUGAGCACUGCAUAAAUAAACUUCUUAUGAAAAGAGAAUUCUGCAAGCUUAGUUUGUCAC